CACACCUCAAUCUUACAUCAAGAUCACAAUAACUCCAUAAGUUUUACUCUUUCUCUCUAGCUCUCUCGUGCUUCACAAAAGAUGGCUUUAUCUAACCAGCCAAACGUCAACUAUCCAACCUUCAAGCUUCUCAUCGUUGGUGAUGGAGGCACCGGAAAAACAACCUUUGUCAAGAGACAUCUGACUGGGGACUCUGAUGAGCAGAACUAUGACCCUACUGUUGGUGUGGAGAUUCAUCCUUUGGAUUUGUUCACUAACCGUGGCAAGAUCCGUUUUGAAUGCUGGGAUACUGCUGGGGAAAAGAAAAAUGCUGGUCUUAAGGAUGCACACUACAUCCAUGGCCAAUGUGCAAUAAUCAUGUUUGAUGUCACAGCACGGGUCACAUACCCGAGCAUUGACAAAUGGUACCGUGAUCUCCGAAGGGCGUGUGGAAACAUCCCGAUCGUUCUAUGUGGUAACAAAGUUGAUGGGCCGCGUAGACAAAUCAAAGGGAAGCACGUUUUGUUCCACAGGCAGAAGGGUCUGCAGUACUAUGAGAUAUCUGCAAAGAACGGUGACAACUUUGAGAAACCCUUUUUGUAUCUUGCAAGAAGACUUGCUGGAGACGCAAACCUUUGCUUUGUGGAGCCACCAGAACUUGCUCCACCUGAACCGCACAUUGACAUUGAUACUCAGCUCAUUCAUUUUGAUGGAUUGAAGCUGAGCGCGUAGGAGCGGCAACUCAGCAAAGUCCCUGAUGAUGAAGAUGCCCUUUUGAAUUGAAAAGUCUUCUCGAUCGAGUACUCUUUUAGUUAUUUGUUGUUUAGCUUUGAGAGUCGUCUGUAAUAAAAAUAAAUAUUGUCAUUAAGACCAGUUUAUCCAGUAUCUUAGGCUAAACCCUUCUCCUUUUGGUAAUGGUUUGAGUCAUGUUCGUGUACCUUUUCUGCAUUCUUUACAUUUGUAAUUGAA